UCUUUAAAGCAAGUAGCAGAAAACAAGUGUUUUGGUGGCAAGGUCAUCAAAUACGAACAUCACUCCGAGGAACUCGGUUGCGAUAUGAAAUUCAACGUGUUCUUACCUCAGGAAGCCACAACACAAAAAGUACCUGCUAUUUACUUUUUGUCUGGCCUGACUUGUACUGAAGAUAAAUUUGUUGAAAAGAGUGGUGCUAUGGCUGAAGCAUCCAAGCAUGGUCUUGCCCUGAUUGUUCCUGAUACUUCUCCACGUGGUGUCAGUAUUGAAGGGGAUAAUGAUUCUUGGGAUUUUGGUACAGGUGCUGGGUUCUAUUUAGAUGCUACUGCACCUAAAUGGGCCAAGCAUUAUCGUAUGUAUUCCUAUAUAGUGAAGGAAUUACCUCGUUUAAUUCAGCAGUUGCCUAUUGAUAAUACGCGUGUGUCUAUUAUGGGCCAUUCAAUGGGUGGUCAUGGUGCUUUGACUAUCUUCCUGAAGAAUCCUACCCAAUUCAAGACUGCUUCUGCCUUUGCUCCUAUUGCUCAUCCUAUAGCAUGUCCUUGGGGUCAAAAGGCAUUCAGUAACUAUCUCGGGGAAGACAAAGAAGCCUGGAAAGAAUACGAUACAGUUGAACUACUCAAGCGUUUUCAAGAUAAAGUAGAUAUCUUGGUUGAUAUAGGCACAGCCGAUGGUUUCUUGGAAAAAGAACUCUUGAUUGAUCAACUGAAGCAAACUGUAGAAGAAUUGGGUCAAGACCAAUUUAAGAUUCGUUACCAAGAAGGUUAUGAUCAUACUUACUUUUUUCUUUCUACUUUUGUUGCUGAUCAUAUCCAACAUCAUGCAAAAUAUUUAAAAUAAACAAGCCACUUUUUCUUUUUCUUU